AUGACCCUUCAGACUUCCGCAGGACAUACAAUCCUUCCCAGGAUCAUUUCUCACCAUAUUGCUCCUCUUCACAGUGCCAUAUCCUACGCACAAUGCAGAUACAUUACAGCUAGUCAUGAGCCAUUCUUAUUCCUUACCUCUCGAAGAACCAGCCCCAAUACAGUUGAGAGGAGGCCAAAAUCCUUACGACCAGGUUAUCGACCUUCCACAAUUUCCAGCCGGCGACAAUCUUCAAUGACUACCAUGCAAAGGGCACAAGCACCUUCGAAAGCUCUCAACAGAGCUGCAAUUGCCUUUGGCAGUAACAUGGGCGAUCGGAUUGGCAACAUCGAAGCUGCAAUCACCGAGAUGAAGAAAAGAGGUUUGAAUGUCGUCAAAACGAGCUCCUUGUACGAGACCAAGCCCAUGUACUACGAUGACCAGGAUCCAUUCUUGAACGGUAUCUGUCAGAUUGAGACUGAUCUUGCGCCAAUACCACUGCUGGACGUCCUUCAGACCAUUGAAAACGAUCUAGGUAGAAAACGAAUCAUUGACAAGGGUCCUCGUACGAUUGAUCUUGAUGUAAUACUUUACAACACCGAACACAUCAAACAUCCCCGACUUGAGGUCCCUCAUAAGUUAUUGCUGGAGAGGGAGUUUGUGCUAAGACCACUCGCUGACAUUCUUUCGGAGGCACAGCUGCCACCUGGCUUUUCUCCCAGUGGUACUAGUCGCACAAUAUCCCAGCAUCUUAAUUCUCUAGCAGAGAAGGAUAGCACCAUGUCUCCAGUCACCGUUUUAAACGCCAGGCUUCCGUUGCUUCGCACUCAUGACCCGACGCGCAGCACCCACGUCAUGGCCAUCCUGAACCUCACCCCAGAUUCAUUCUCAGAUGGUGGUAAGCAUAGCCCCCAAGAUCAGGAAUCUAUCAAGUCAACAGUUAGGAGGUUUCUCGCAGCAGGGAUCCAGAUCGUCGAUAUUGGAGGACAAAGCACGCGGCCAAACGCAGAUUUUCUCAGCGCUGAGGAAGAGCUCAGCCGAGUCCUGCCUAUCGUGAAAGCUAUUAGGGAAAUGAAAGAGGCCGAUGAUAUCGCCAUUAGCAUUGACACUUUUCACUCCUCAGUUGCCCGUGAGACUAUACUUGCCGGAGCGGACAUAAUCAAUGACAUCUCGUCAGGUGUAUUGGACGAAGAAAUGCUUCCGACAGUUGCGGGACUCGGAAAGACAAUCAUCCUAAUGCACAUGCGCGGAAAUCCACACACAAUGACCAAGCUUACUGACUAUCCCGAAGGCGUGAUCCAAGGAGUAGCCACAGAACUCAGUGAGCGUGUCAGAGCUGCCAAAGCUGCAGGUAUACUGCCAUGGCGCAUUAUACUGGAUCCAGGACUUGGAUUUGCGAAGAAUCAGUCUCAAAACCUGGAACUCCUACGCCGCUUAAGGGAUCUUCGAGAGGACACGGAAGUUUCGCGAGAUCUCCAGAAUUAUCCCUGGCUCAUGGGCCCAAGUCGAAAAGGCUUCGUAGGCAAAAUUACCGGAGUUCAACAAGCAUCGCAACGAGGCUAUGGCACAGCAGCAGCCGUGACCGCGAGUGUUGAAGGCGGUGCUGAAAUUGUCCGAAUCCACGAUGUGGAAGAGAUGAUUCAGGUGACGAAGAUGGCCGACGCAAUCUAUCGACAACCUUGA